AUGAGUCUCGUUUCCAUAGCAACAGAGCUGAGGGAGCGCUUCCGCUAUGAGCCCCGUUAUUUCACCCCACGGGAAGUGUCCCGAUGUGAUGUGUUAGUCAGGCCAAUCAUUGAAGCUGCAGGCAGGGAUAUCAGUCACUGGUUCAAUCCCAAGACAGGGGACCACUUUCUGGAAAUGGCGGAACUGUUUUCCAUCAUUAGCAUGUGCGCCAGAUCACCAGUAUUUCAUGUAUUAGCGAAGAUCUCACGAGAAACACAUGGAUGGGUUAAUAACUUUGGACGGCCUUGGUGGAAGGACACCACCUAUCAGAUCGGGAUCUUGUCCUUGAAGACCAGGUUUAUCCAUAUCAUCAACACCUUUAACUCUCAGGAGCAAAUGCUUGAGGUCUGCUCCAAGGAAACUAUAUUGGAGAUCCUAGAAUGUUACCUGGCGUAUAACGGCCAUGCAGCAAGCUACACUUGGAAAUUCUGUGGGGUUCCUCUUGACAUGGACAAAACCCUACAGGAGAAUGGUGUGCAGGAUCAAGACCUGGAGUUUGAAGAGCUUAAGAUGGAUUCAGAUCUGUAUACGCCCAAUAUACAUCUGUACUUCAAUGACGAUUUGACAGUGCUGCGAUGA